AUGACCCUAACAUCAGCAGCUGGAAUUAUUUCCCUAUUAGAAGAAGAGGAUACGCAAUUAAAGAAUUUUGCUUUGAGUAAAUUAAAUGACGUUGUCGACGAUUUUUGGGCAGAAAUUGCAGAUUCCAUUGAAAAGAUUGAGGUAUUAUAUGAAGACGCUGGAUUCGAAUAUAGACAAUUGUCGGCACUUGUUGCGUCCAAGGUGUACUAUCAUCUUGGAUCAUAUGAGGAUUCAUUGACUUUCGCCUUGGGUGCUGGACCGCUUUUCGAUGUUAAUGCUAUAUCCGAAUAUGUUGAUACUACGAUAUCCAAAUGCAUCGAUCAUUAUAUUGGUUUAAGAGUGAAGAUAAUGGCGAGCGAAGAUAUUACAAUAGACCCUAACUUGGAGGACUUAGUUAAUAGAAUGUUUGCCAGAAGUUUUAAAGAAGGGAAAUUUAAGCAGGCUAGUUCUUCAAAUAUUAAUGAGCUCUUUGUAAACCAGGCGGUUGGCAUUGCUAUUGAAGCUCGGCGUAUUGAUGUAUUUGAAAAAGCUAUAACCUCAUCUAACAAUGUAGAAGAAAUGUUGGCAUACUCUUUUAAAAUUUGUAUGUCAGUAUUGGAAAAUAGACAGUUUAGAAAUGAGGCUUUGAGAGUGAUUGUGAGAUUAUACAAUCAAGCAUCGAAGAUCGACUACUUAAGCGUGUGUCAGUGCUUAAUUUAUCUGGAUGAUCCUGUGUCUAUAUCAACUAUUCUCACUCAGUUAAUCCAAUCGAAUAAUCAGGAUGACGUACUGUCUGCGUAUCAAAUUGCGUUUGACUUAGUUGAGAACGCAUCUCAGCAGCUCUUAUCAAAAAUUCUGAAAGAAUUCAAAACAACUCUAGAUGCGAACAAUACAAUGGAAGUUGAAAACAACGUCGAAAAUACGGAUAGUCCCUCUGCAGAACAAACCAACGAGUCUAAGGCAGACAAUCAAAAAUCAGAUUCGAAUGAGGAAAACAGGACGCAAUCGUCAUCUGAACAUAGCAAUAUGGAUAAAAUUUUGGAAAUAUUACGAGGUGACAUUACCAUAAAGUUGAUGUCAGAAUUUUUAUUUCGGAAAAAUCGUUCCGAUAUGCAAAUACUUAAGAUUACUAAGGACUACGCACGGAAUGGAAUGGCUCACACAGCCACUGUUAUAGCGAACGCGUUCAUGCAUUAUGGUACCAUGUCAGAUACAUUUUUAAGAGACAACUUGGAUUGGUUGGGUCGUGCGGCAAAUUGGGCCAAGUUUACAGCCACAGCUAGUUUAGGUGUUAUUCAUAAGGGUAACGAAAAGAACUCUAUCAAGCUUAUGUCACAUUAUUUACCGAAAGAUAACACUUCCAGUAAUGGAAUGCAGUCUGGUGGAGCAUUAUAUGCUUUGGGAUUAAUUCAUGCUAAUCACGGUCAUGGAAUCCUUUCCUACCUUCGUAAUCAACUAAAAGAAGCUGCUAGUCAGCCAAUUCGACAUGGUGCUUGCCUAGCGCUCGGUUUGGCUGCAUUAGGCACUGCUAAUCAAGAUAUAUAUGAUGAUUUAUACGAUUGUAUGAUUCACGAUGAAGCCGUAACAGGUGAGGCUUCAGGGUUAGCGAUGGGUCUAGUUUUGAUUGGGAGGAAAUCUCCGGAACCACUGGAAAAGAUGAUAACGGUACAUUGCGUAGAAAUUAAUAUUUUGUCAGAUGAUGUUAGCUGUGACCUAAUGAUUAUGUACGGUUGUCUAGAAGAGGCUGAUAUCGUCAUUGAAACACUUUGUGGAGAUGAGAAUUCUAAUUUGCGUUGCUCCGGAAUGUAUACUAUUGGUAUGGCAUACUGUGGUAGUGGGAGCAACAAAGCAAUUCGACAGCUAUUGAGGGUUGCUGUUAGCGAUGUUAACAGCGAUGUUCGGAGAGCUGCUGUUGUAUCUAUCGGAUUUGUGCUUGUUAGAUCUCCGGAGCAAUGCCCUAGCGUAGUGUCUUUGUUAGCAGAGAGUUACAAUCCUCACGUUCGAUAUGGAGCGGCUAUGGCACUUGGUAUAUCAUGUGCUGGAACUGGUUUGAAGGAGGCUGUAAAUAUUCUUGAGCCCAUGAUGCACGAUUCCGUAAACUUUGUUCGCCAGGGAGCUCUUGUUGCUAUUUCGAUGGUUCUCAUACAGCAAACAGAAGCCACAAAUUCUAAAGCUCCAACCGUAAGGGAAUACUUUACAAAAGUCAUUGCCGACAAACAUGAGGAUAGCUUAGCGAAGUUUGGUGCUAUUAUAGCUCAAGGCAUUAUUGAUGCAGGUGGACGUAACGCUACGAUAUCUCUCCUAACAAGAUCUGGGCAUGUCAGAACUGAGUCUGUAGUUGGGCUCCUGGUUUUUAGUCAGUUCUGGUUUUGGUUCCCGUAUUGUCAUUUCCUGUCCUUAGCGUUUACACCAGCUACCGUUAUUGCAUUAAAUUCUAACUUACAGAUGCUUAAAGUCGAUUUCAAAUCCAAUUGUAAGCCUUCCGUGUUUGGUUACAUCCCUUAUAUACAACCAUCAAAAGAAAAGCCGAAAGGAAAGAUACCUACCGCGAUUUUAUCGACAACAGCGAAGGCUUUAGCGAGAGCAAAGAGAGGAGAAGAUAUCAAAAGUGCAAUAAAAAGUGAAAGAAAAACCGAAGAACCCAUGGAAGUUGAUACGCCAUCGAAAACUGAGGCUAAACCCGUAGAGAAGGAAUUAGACUGGGAGUUGUUACCUAAUCCAGCACGUGUACUUCCGGCACAGUUGAAAUACAUCGAAUUUCCUAAAACUGACCGCUAUGCUCCUUUAAAGAAAAGUAAUAAAGGAGGAAUUGUCAUGAUGAAGGAUCUAACACCUGGCGAGAGCCAAGAAACAUUAGAACCUUUACCAGAUGUUAAUAUUCGUAGUAUAGACGAAGAGGAAGAAGCGGAACCACCUGAGCCUUUUGAAUACGAGGAAGAUUAAUUUUUUUGAACUUAGUCAUCACGUAGAAUGGCUGCUAAUUUUUGAUCGAGGUUGUCAAUAAACUUAUACUUGUAUUUGUGUAAGUUACUUGCUCGUAGAAGCAAAGUUUGUUUAUUAAAUUUCUGUAUUAUUUGCCUUGCUUAGUUUCGAACUGUGACAAAUUGAUUAAGUUCG